GUGGACGGGGAGGAGAUGAUGGAUCCAGCCAGCCAACCAGUGCGAAGCUGCAAGAGAUGAUUUCAAUGAAAAUGCGGCGUGUCCAGUUUGCGGGCGCAGUUCUGGUCUGGCGACAGUCAAUCUCUGCCUUUGAUAUUCAGCUCGCUACUGGGGCCAUGGAGAUGGUAUAAAGGGUUCAGAGCAAGCAGUCAGUCCAUCGCAGCCCAGCCGCUGGAAGCACUCAACGACUUUACACCGACAGGAUGAAACUCGCUCCGGUUAUUUUGCUGUUUACAGCGGUAUCUGUGUACAAGGCUGAUGAAAACUGCGAAAGUGGGGAAUUUACCACCAGUGGGGAAUGCUGUUCUGUAUGUCCACCGGGAGAAGGUGUGGUGUCAACAUGUGGCGAAAAAGACACUGAAUGUGAGACGUGCAUGGACAGUUUAUUUUACUCAGACGUGUCAAGCCAUACGGAGCCCUGUUACCCAUGCACGGUGUGUCCAGAAUCAAAAAAUAUCGGAAUCCCUUGCAUGGAGAACUUUGACACCACCUGUAUUUGCAUGAAUGGGUAUUACGAAAUCUCAGACGGAAAGUGCCUUCUGUGCAAGAUGUGUGAUAAGGGAUUUGGAGUGGUGCAACAGUGUUCGUAUGGAAGGGAUACACUGUGUGAAGAAUGCCCUGCAAACACUUACUCUGACCAGAAGAGCAACAUCGACCCUUGUCUCCCGUGCACAGUCUGUGAAGAUUAUGAAGAAAUGAUCUCAGAUUGCACACCUACGCAAGACGCUGAAUGUAUCUCACUUCGUCGCCCAAGACCUUCUGUAGCUAGCACAGUGAUACCUCCGAAAAUCGUCACGAGCACAGAGAUAAUGACUACCACGGCAGUCCCAAGCUCACCACAGUUUAUUGGGCAGGGCAACACCGACAACAUCAUCCCUGUCUACUGUUCAAUCUUGGCCGCAGUUGUGGUUGGACUUGUGGCGUACGUGGCUUUUAAACGAUGGAACAGCUGUAAGCAAAACAAGCAGGGUGCCAAUAACAGAGCAGUAAACGAGACACAAUCACCAGAGGGGGAGAAGCUGCACAGUGACAGCGGGAUCUCAGUCGACACCCAGAGCCUACACGAGCAGCAGCAGAAACAGCAGCAGCAGCAACAGCAGCAGCAGCAACAGCAGAGCCAAGUCACAGUGGAGGAACCAAGCCUGUACAAUGCCCUCCCUCCCCACAAGCAGGAAGAGGUGGAGCAGCUGCUGAACACUUGUGAAGAAGAGACAGACUGGUGCAACCUGGCCGGGUUGCUGGGCUACAGCGAGGAACACAUAGACACUUUCAAGCAGGACGAUCACCCGGUGCGUGCCCUCCUCUCCGACUGGUCGGCCAAGGACUGCGCCACUACGGACGCACUUUGCACUGCCCUGCGCAAGCUGAAACGAGACGACAUCAUCGAGAGCCUCAGCAGCGAGCCCACGGCCAUGUCGGCUGUGUGAGAGCAAACCAAUCAGCCUUAAAGCAGCCGAAAAGAUUCCUUUUGGAAUGACUGUGUUGACAAAGAAUCUCUGAAGGAAAAUGGCGUUCAGUCCAAUGCUUAAGAACGGCCUAACGUGCACCAAUGCAUAACUUUCAGUAUUGUCCUGCCUUCUCUCCCGUACAAAGUGACUGUGGCCGCUGAAGCUGAACCGCUAUCAUGUAACUAAAUCGGAUUUUGUCUUUUCUGUAAUCAUUAGGAAAAAACAAAUUGUGCACAUUUUGAAAUGGGCCAGUUUUAGAUAAUCCCGAGUGCUAAAUGGGACAUAUGUGUAAAUGUCAAUGCAUAGACAUUGCUUCUUUGUGCUGCAGCACUCUCGGCUAAACAAAAAAGUAGGUUGCAGUCUUGUACAUUGUUAGCAGUCCCCUCCGCAUGUGUCCAAACUCGUUCGUGUUUGUGUAAAUAAGUCUAGCGUUGUCCAAAGCUACCAGAGGUGUCCUGGCUAAUUCUCAGUCCAGGAUGUUUGUGUGUCUCUUCACUGUGGAUUCCCUGAACCUUUGGGGGAAAGGCCAAGACUUUGGAAUGUUUAACAAUAAUCUGGGCAUCGAUAAUAAAGAUCAGGGUCUGGAGUAGCCAGGAAAGGUUUGUUGCUGUUUCAACUGGCACAGAAGAUGACUGUUACCUCUAAAUCUUCUCAUUAACGUCACGUGGCUGUGAUCAAGACAGCUGAAGAGUGUGUCCAUGUUGUGACGAGAGAGGGCAAAGUGUUUCUCCACUCACUCAAAGAGAAUCAUUUCAGUCUCAUCCAGGGGAUACAAGGAAUGAAAUGUAUUGGAUCAUUUUUUGUUUAUCGCCGUUCCAAAGUCAGAUGCACCAUUCUAAAUAAUUACUACUUCUGAAUAUAAAUUUGUAAUGGGAUUGUUGAAAGUAUUAGUAGGUUUAGCAUUUGAUGUAGAAUUAGUGACUGUCUGUGAUUCCAAACCACCAAUGGGCUAAAUUACUAUCACUGAUGUUCGUUAAGACCUGAGGUUAUUUAAUGAGUUGUUGGUUUUAUACAGUCAGUGCACUAUUGUUCCUUCUGAGGCCAAAUGUUUAAGUAACUGGGCCAGUUAUUCUUAACCAUUUCCCCAGUGUUUCACCUAAUCUUGAAAAACAAGUAUUGCUUUGAAAUAUGACUUUGCAAACAGUAGCUGGUUAAAAAUGGUUAAAUGUGUUUAUGGCAGCUGUCGACAUCAAACUCAUUGUUCAAUGAUUGUAAAUCCAAUGCCUAGUUAAGAAUCCAGUCUUUAUACUGAUGUGUUUUAAGGAAGGAAGUCUAUCGUUGUUGUAGGAUGACCUAUAAGUAGUGUCAGUCUCAUAUCAAAAGGCCCUCUGAAGUCAUCUAAUAGUCAUUGAGUUGUAUCAUACCCUACUCUGGGCAAAUUGGGGUGGACAAUAAAUGUUGGGCAUUCAGGAAGAAUCCAAAUCUAAGGAAUGAAUUUAAGUGAAGCGAUGGAUCUGUGAUGAGUAUGUCAUUUUGUACUGGCUAUGAACUGUGUGUUGUUGUUCCACUGUCCAACAUGGGAAAUGUAUCCUUUAUUGAUGAAGAAGUGACCUCUCUGUUCUUGCAUGCUGGUUUGUCAGCCUGUAUUAACGGCUGAACAUUAUACUUUGGUUUUGUUGGGGGAAGUGUCCGAUGCUAGUGACCACAGCUAUGUGGAGAGGUGCACCAUUAAGUGCCGACAGUUUUUGAAGGGUUCCUGGACACGGAAAACGUGUGCAACUGUCAAGGAACUAAAAUAAUGUAUAAAAACACAUCAACAUUUACUGCUAAAGUGGCUGUACUCUUUCUGCAAACUAUAUCAAUUUAAGAGCAUCAGUUGUUAAAUAUUUCAUUCAAAGUCUCGUCAAAAUGUAUCAUUAUCUUUCAGAUUGCUGAAUGUCAAGCCUUUUACCAAUUAAUAAAGUUAACAGUAUUAUAAAGU